UAUGGAUAUGGCGACGUGAUAAGUAAGCGGACGGACAAGAAAGAUUUGUGGUCUUAGCUAAAAAAGUUGUUGUAGUAGUAGUAGUAGUGAUUAUAGUGUUUAGUAAUGAUUAUGCUGGCAGUACGUAGUAGGUGUAGCAUCAUGAACAAGAAUAACAACCUCACCGACACUACAGCCGACCUCAAAAACUUCACACCACCACCCAGAACUCCCUACAACUCAAUCAAAUAUACAGAUCGUUGUUAUCUUACUACACAACAUUGCAGUCAAGAGUUCCGUUGUCCCCUCCCUCGGUGAUAACCUCGAUCGUUAGUCACUUUGCCGGAAAAAGUACUUCACGAACUUAUUUGAAAAGGUUGGAACAUUAUGACAUUAUUAUUAAAGGACACAUUAUCUGUAUUUGCCAGCCUAACAGAAAGUCGGUGGCAACUGUUAUCGACACGGCAUAUCUAGGCCACCCCAUAGCCCCCCUUCUCUCUCUCUCUCUCUCUCUCUCUCUCUCUCUCUCUCUCUGUGUGUGUGUGUGUGUGUGUGUGUGUAACUGUACUUGCCAUGUCAAAAGAUUCAUGGAAAAUAUAUUGGUUUAAAAAAAAAUUGAUUAAAAACAUUCGCGCUAAGAAAAGAGUAACGUAAACGAUGAAGCAGGAAAAAUCUCCCGAAAUGUUCUGAGGAGGAAAAGCACGGCCCCAGUGGUGAGGUGGAGCCUUCUGGCAGCGUGGCGGGCCGUCACAGCUCACCACCAUAGAAGCAUCUCCAGCAAUAUACGGCUGUACCGUGUUCGUUGCAAAGGAAGUUAAACCACUUUGCUGAUAAAAUUUGUGCCACUCUUCACCACAUUGGCAGCUCCAGCCCAACAAACUAAAACCACACCGAGUCGUUUGAAGGGAUGAUGAAAUAUGUAAACAAAUGACAUUAACUGUUAUGGUUACAUAGGCGGCAGGGAAAGCAACGGACAGGAAGUUUAGAACAAUAACAAUGCUAAGCGGUAAUGGCUGGAAGAUGUUCGUGGGGUCUAUCUUGGAUCAUCAUCGGCACCAUCUUUAUCCUUUCAUCACGAGACUGUGGUGGCGAAGGGCGAAACGCGAAGCUGCAUUUCGUUCGUUCAGCUUACCAGGAACUACUAAAAAACAACCUGACACUGAAUGCAGAGGACGAUCAAGCUUAUGACGAGGAAGAUGAAGAUUCUGUGGACAAUUACUAUGAUUGGUAUGAAGAUUAUUACAUGAAAUACAAGUCCUUCGUCAGACAUGCAUUGAUGUCUGACGUUUUCCACCCACAGUUCAUCAUCGAGAACUCAAGACUAUGUAAAGCGAAUACAAAAAUCAUCAUCUUAUUCAAUUCUAGACUGAAUAAUCGCUCCGCUCGUGAUGCAGUUCGAGACAACUUCAGGAAAACCUUCACCAACAUGGGAGUUGCAUACGGGUUUUUCUUGUCGAACCCAAAGGAAGAGCCCUUACGGAGACGAGUGCUAAAGGAGAGCAAGGUGUGGGGUGACAUAGUGAUAGCAGCUACCAAGGAGGCCUAUCCACUUCUUACCCUUAAGACCGCCCACCUACUCCAUUGGGUUGCCACAAACUGUCCUGCCUCUGCUUAUGUUGCAAAAGUCGACGAUGAUGUUUAUGUGAAUGUGGACAGGCUCUUAAGGCUGUUGGACACUACCAGGAACUACACGGUGCUUGGAAAGGUAUGCACUAACUGUAUACCAUUCCGUGGACUUAUGGGGUCUCUGGGCGCAGCACUGAGGACAUCCCCUUCAGUUGUUGUGACUCGCCGCCAUGUGCCUCUUACUAAGUUCCCCCCCUUUGCCAUGGGUCCGGCCUAUGUCUUGACAACUGAUUUGGUUCCUCGCCUUCUAGAAGCUGCUUUACAAAUGGUCUACUUUGAGUAUGAGGAUGUAUUUUGGACAGGCCAGGUGGUGGACGAGAUUAACGAACUAGGAAAUGCAGCUGGCAGCCUAGACCCAGAAAGUAUUAAAGACAAAUAUGAGGGUAUAGGUUGGUCCCCCUACUUGGUCAGGCACGAAAAUGUGGUUAACUGGCGUGUGGAUGUCAGGGGCCCAAUCACCUCUACGUUCACAUCCCUCGCUCACCAGGCCUUUACUGUUCAUGGUGUUAACUGGCACAAACACAAACAGUUAGUGUCUGAUUUAAUGAAUGUGCAUGAAUAAAACUAUCACUGAUGCCAUCUUACUGAGUUAAUAUGACUUAUACAGUAAACCCUGGCUUUUAUGGAACUUUAUGUGCCAAAUUUCAGCUUUAAUGAACUUUUGGGGCCACUCCAGUAUAUAUGGGGAUUUUCUAAGCAAGUUCAGUUAAUGCGGGGAUAAAUUCAGUGAUGGGUCAGCCAAAUAGUAUGUGUCAGUCAAUAGCAGCGGAAACAAAGCUAGCCAGUCGGUGGCAUCUAGUUAGUCUAGCAUUGUCCGCCUCACUAUAAACACCACUGCUCUUGUCCUUCUGUGCCUUAUCUUUCAUCUAAAAUAUCAAACAAACUUCAUUAUUUAUGGAAAUGGUCAGAAACAGCAAACUUUCAGCUCAAAUAACCAAAAAGAGUUAACCAGCAUCUUCAUUCUUUUAUCUCUUCCUUCGUUUGUAUUUCCUCCUGCCUACCACGACCUCUUUCAAGAGGAGAGUAUCAAGACACCCCUCCACAAGAAAGUGCAUGACUUCUCUUUUGGUCUCCCAUUCUUUUUUCUUUUGUUGGAGCAGAAUCUAGUGGUCUUUUUUGUUGUUGUUUUUUUGUUUAUUGCCCUUGAGCUGCCUCCCCUGAUGAAAAAAAAAUAAUAAUAUAAUAGUGAAAAAAAUAAUAAUUAUUAUAGAUCCUUCGGUAAUGGAUUUUCAGAUGUCAUCCUCUUCCUCCCAAGUGGUUCGUUAUGGCAAGGGUUUACUGUAUAAUACUCUAUAUUUACAGGUACCUGGAAGGACCUGAGGAAUAUAAGCUAAGGUAGCUAGGAUGUCACACCUGCUAUGUCCCAGGGUAAUGGAUUCUUACCACAGUUGAGCACUAAAGGGCCAGUGAGACAAAGAUGAGCAUCAAGGCCAUGUGCUUUACAGCUGCCUCAGAACUAAUUUAGCAAUGCCCUUUAAGGGGAGCGUCCGCCAUGUCUUAAAUAAUUAACGUAUGAUUCUCCUCAUAUUCAUGUGAAAUGUAUGACUAUGGGGAAAUAAUAAACGCUUACUUUCAAAUCUAUGUCGAUGCAUAAUAACAGGAAAAAAUAAAAUGUACUUUUUUAACAAACUUCAACUCGAAAUUCCUCUCUCAUCUAAUGACCUAUGCUGCUGAAAAAAAAUAUCAAAGAAAUUUCAAGCAGAAUCUAAAAGAUUCAUCAUGGAAAAUUCUUCAAUUUUGAUUUUGUUAAAUGAUGAGAAUUUUUUUCAGUUUUGUUGGUGAAUUUAACGAUAUUUUUUUCCGAGAACUGUCCCGUGAUUGUAAAGAAAUCUCAUGAUGAAAAGCUUACGCUUCAGCUCCUCUUUCCAAUGAUGUAUUUUUUUAUUACAACGCAAAUAUUUUUAUAGGCUAUUUUUUUACGCUGAAACAUGACUAAGUAUGCACCUGUGUAUGAAUAUAGCUUUUCAUUUAUUUAUCUGUUUGUUUUUUAUAUUUUGCUUUUUUUUAUUUCCUUUUUAUGUCACUUGCCAGCCUAUAGCACCAGUAGAAUUUCGUUCCAAGCCCGUCAUGGCGCAGGCAAGUGUUUUAGAGUGACGUAAGUGACGAGCGAAAGACGGCGGAGGAUGGGGGGAGGGAAUUCAGCCAUAACUCUGUCAUUUUUGCUUAUUUCUUCAUAAUAUUUUGCCACAAGGUAGCCGAGGCGUGUGAUUUUUUUCGAUUUUUCCGAUUUUUUUUUUUUUAUUUAUUUAUUUAUUUUUUAUUUUUUUUUUUUUUUUAUUAAUGGCGGACGCUCCCCUGAAAUGGUGGAAGACCAAAUUUGUACCUUGUACUCUAAAGGUGCGGCCACACUGCACGCGAUUUGCCUGGGAGGGUAGAGGGUAGCAGGAUGCCUAGCGGGUCAGAGGUAAAAACAAACACAUGUUAUCUAAUACGAGUGGCCAUACCGGUCGCGGGUAGCAGGUUCCCUCAAGGCUAACCCGCUACCCUCCCAGCUACGUGAACCAACAUGUCGGUUAAAUCGCUCAGUGGCUAGCGGGACGCCAGCUCAGAUAUGAGUAGCGAAGAUAUAAUAGGUGCUAUUUUUCUUUUUGUUACUUAUUUUUGAGGUGUUAUCCAGCAGUACUGUUACAUUGUACUGACAGGUUUGUUUACUCUUUUUAAUAAAUUUGAUGUACGGUA